AUGGCAGACGCUGAGGACAUUCAGCCACUUGUGUGCGACAAUGGAACUGGAAUGGUUAAGGCUGGAUUUGCCCGUGAUGAUGCUCCAAGGGCUGUGUUCCCUAGCAUUGUAGGUCGACCCCGUCACACUAGUGUGAUGGUUGGCAUGGGCCAGAAAGAUGCAUAUGUCAGGGACGAGGCUCAAUCCAAACGUGGUAUCUUAACCUUGAAAUACCCAAUUGAGCAUGGUAUUGUAAGCAACUGGGAUGACAUGGAGAAGAUAUGGCAUCACACCUUCUACAAUGAGCUAUGAGUUGCCCCAAAAGAACACCCUGUUCUCCUGACUGAAGCACCUCUCAACCCCAAGGCUAACCGUGAGAAGAUGACCCAAAUUAUGUUUGAGACCUUCAAUACUCCUGCUAUAUACGUUGCUAUUCAGGUUGUUCUUUCUCUAUAUGCUAGUGGUCGUACAACUGGUAUCGUGACAAACUCCGGCGAUGGGAAUCAAAGAUACACCCCAUUCUGGGCUAGCAGAGAAGACUCCAAUGACAGAGAGAACCAAAGAUAA